AUGGGACCCAGGCAAAGGAUCCGGAAAAUCAGGAAUCCUGGAAUCCUGGAAUCCAGAAAUCUGGGAAUCCGGAAAUCCGGGAAUCCAGGACUCCUGGAAUCCGGAAAUACUGGAAUGCGGGAAUCCGGGACUCCGGGAAUCCGGGAGUCCAGCAAUCCGGAAAUCCGAGAAUUCGGAGAAUCCAGAAAUCCGGGAAUCCGGGAAUCCGGGAAUCCGGAAAUCCGGGAAUCCGAAAAUCCUGGAUUUCGGGAACCCGGGAAUCCGGAAAAUUUGGAAAUCCGGGAGUCCGGCAAUCCGGAAAUCCGGGAAUCCGGAAAUCCGGGAAUCCUGGAAGCCGGGAAUCCGGGAAUCCUGGAAUGCGGGAAUCCGGGACUCCGGGAAUCCGGGAGUCCUGGAAUCCGGGAAUCCGGGAAUCCGGGAAUCCGGGAAUCCUGA